AUGCAACAAAGUCAUGUGCCACAGAGUCACGUUCAACAAAAUCAUGUGGCACAGAGUCACGUGCAACAAAAUCACGUGCAACAAGAUCACGGCCAACAAAAUCACUUGCAACAAAGUUACAACGAAGAAUCGCACAUUCCAAGACAUUUUUUAUCCCAAUCGCAUCAUCGGGUGGAGAGUCGACAAAUACAAGAAGCUCUCAGUACGAAUCCUGAAAAUCAUGAGUAUAUUAGCAAUUCCGCUUUUGAUGAAGGAGGAUCAAGGGCUUUGCAAGCUAAAACAGCUGUACAAAAUCAACACACCGCUGGAAGCCAAGCUGCAUUUGGAGCUAAGAGCAGCCUAGCACAAGCUGCCUUAGGCGCAGCUGCAACCGCCCAAGCAGCUCUGGUGGGCAAACAAGUAAUCGCCCAAGGUCUAAAAAAGCAGCUAAUCGAAGCUCAGCAUCAGCUUCAAGCCGAAAUAACGCAAUACCACCAAACGCAAACAGCUGCGGAAUUGGCUGAGACUGAAGCUUUGGCGCAAAAAGCUUUAGCAGCUGCGUCCAUCGCACAGUCUAACGCAGCUGCAGCUGGUGCUGCUGUUGCCGUGGCAGCUGAGAGUUCGAAGCAUGCCACCGGCCAUGUUCAAGAGUCAAAUUCUGGUCCAGUAGGGUAUUACCAUUAA